CACCGACUACAGAUGGGCCGUUUGUUAUAAACUGCACCAAGGGUGCACAAACAGCUUACUCUAAGAAGAGGUGUAAUAUUGAACUUGCAGUCAAAGGCACGUGUGAAGCUAAGAACUAUGAUAAUACAGCAAAUCUUACUGCUGGUGCUGCUCUGGGUAUGCCUGCUACACCCUUGCUCGACAGCAAUGGUAUUCACUAGGACUACAGACCACCAGCCCCCAACUUUCAGAACUCAUGGAGUAGGAAAUGAAGGGAAAGUUCUGCACCGUCAGAAACGAGGCUGGAUGUGGAACCAAUUUUUCUUGUUGGAGGAAUAUACUGGGUCCGACUACCAAUAUGUAGGCAAGCUUCACUCUGACCAGGACAAAGGAGAUGGAUCCCUCAAGUACAUCUUGUCAGGAGAUGGGGCUGGCACUCUUUUUAUUAUUGAUGAGCGAACAGGAGACAUUCAUGCCACAAGAAGAAUUGACAGGGAAGAGAAAGCUUUCUAUACCCUACGUGCCCAGGCUAUUAACCGAAGAACACUUCAGCCAGUAGAACCUGAAUCAGAAUUUGUCAUCAAAAUCCAUGACAUCAAUGACAAUGAGCCAACAUUUCCAGAAGAAAUUUAUACAGCAAGUGUUCCUGAAAUGUCAGUGGUUGGUACUUCUGUUGUUCAAGUCACAGCCACUGAUGCAGAUGACCCUUCUUAUGGAAAUAGUGCCAGAAUUAUCUACAGCAUACUCCAAGGCCAGCCAUAUUUCUCAGUGGAGCCAGAAACAGGCAUCAUUAGAACAGCUCUGCCAAAUAUGAACAGAGAAAACAGAGAGCAAUAUCAGGUUGUCAUCCAGGCAAAGGAUAUGGGGGGCCAGAUGGGCGGAUUAUCAGGAACCACCAUGGUGAACAUCACCCUGACUGAUGUCAAUGACAAUCCACCUCGAUUCCCACAGAGCUCAGUCCACCUACGCAUCCCAGAAUCUUCCCCAGUUGGCACUGCCAUUGGAAGCAUCAAAGCCUCUGAUGCAGACAUUGGGAGAAAUGCAGAACUUGAAUACCGUAUUAUUGAUGGUGAUGGAAGAGACAUGUUUGAUAUUGUUACACAAAAGGAUACACAGGAAGGCAUUAUAACAGUACGAAAGCCAUUGGACUAUGAAAAUCGAAGGCUAUAUACUUUGAAAAUAGAGGCAGAGAAUCUGUAUGUUGACCCACGCUUCUAUUACCUUGGACCUUUUAAAGAUACAACUACUGUGAAAAUAUCUGUGGAAGAUGUGGAUGAACCUCCUAUAUUUAGCAGAUCUUCAUACCUUUUUGAAAUUCAUGAAGAUAUUGAGGUGGGCACCAUCAUAGGCACUGUAAUGGCACGAGAUCCAGAUUCUGCUGCAGGCCCAAUAAGGUUUUCUUUAGAUCGUCACACUGAUCUUGAUAGAAUCUUCAACAUACAUUCAGGAAAUGGAUCUAUUUAUACUUCUAAGAUGCUUGACCGAGAAAUAUCACAGUGGCACAACCUUAGUGUGAUAGCAGCAGAAAUCAACAAUCCCAAAGAGACAACACGUGUUUCUGUGUAUGUACGGAUAUUGGACGUGAAUGACAAUGCACCACAGUUUGCUGUGUUCUAUGACACUUUUGUGUGUGAAAAUGCAAGAGCGGGCCAACUAAUACAGACCAUUAGUGCUAUUGAUAAAGAUGAUCCCCUUGGAGGACAAAAGUUUUUCUUCAGUUUAUCUGCUGUUAAUCCAAACUUCACCGUCCAAGACAAUGAAGAUAACACAGCCCGGAUUUUGACAAGAAGGAAUGGCUUUAGCCGGCAUGAAAAAAGUACAUACCUCCUUCCAGUGGUGAUAUCAGAUAAUGACUACCCCAUCCAGAGUAGCACUGGCACACUGACAAUCAGGGUGUGUGCUUGUGACAGUCGGGGGAACAUGCAGUCCUGCAAUGCUGAAGCUUUGCUCCUCCCAGCGGGCCUUAGCACAGGCGCACUCAUUGCCAUUCUGCUCUGUAUCAUCAUUCUCCUGGUUAUAGUGGUAUUGUUUGCUGCUCUAAAGAGGCAGCGAAAGAAAGAGCCUCUGAUCCUGUCUAAAGAAGACAUCAGAGACAAUAUUGUGAGUUACAAUGAUGAAGGGGGUGGAGAGGAAGAUACUCAGGCUUUUGAUAUAGGCACUUUGAGAAAUCCUGCAGCUAUUGAAGAUAAGAAGCUCCGCCGAGAUAUUAUCCCAGAAACAUUAUUUAUACCACGGAGGACUCCUUCUGCUCCAGAUAACACAGAUGUCCGAGAUUUCAUUAACCAAAGGUUAAAGGAGCAUGAUCAUGACCCCUCUGCACCACCUUAUGACUCCCUGGCAACUUAUGCCUAUGAAGGAAAUGAUUCUAUAGCUGAAUCCUUGAGUUCAUUAGAGUCUGGCACUACCGAGGGAGACCAAAACUAUGAUUACCUCAAGGAAUGGGGCCCUCGGUUUAAUAAGCUUGCUGAGAUGUAUGGUGGAGGCGAAAGUGAUAAAGACACUUCCUAACCUACAGUAGGAUAUAUAGUUCAAUUGAGAGGAAGUAACGUUACAGAUACCUUUUCCACGUGACAAUAUUUGAUGUUCAGGAGCAUUCUCCUAUCACUCAGCACAAUGUUUCUUUUCUUCUUCUUCUUCUUCUUCUUCUUCUUCUUCUUCUUCUUCUUCUUC